AUGGGUCUGAAUCUCCUCGCGAUCAUCCUCACUUUGAUCCUCACAGUCCUCCUCAUCGGUGUGCAGGCCGAUGAAUACCACUCCAGUGGAAGUGAAUGGAGAGCGCGAAGAUCAACACGUGCCGCCAGCGGUGAGCAAUUGGCGGAGUUUUGGAACUUUGACGCACAACAUCGCCUUCUGCAUCAGCUCUCGGUGCGACACAAUCACAACAUUGCCAAGAAUGUGAUCCUCUUCCUGGGCGACGGCAUGUCCGUGGCCACACUGGCGGCCAGCCGGAUGUACCUGGGUCAGCUGCAGGGACACACUGGCGAGGAGUCGCGCCUCUUCUUCGAGGACUUCCCGUACACAGGACUGGCAAAGACGUACUGCGUGGACAAGCAAGUGGCUGACUCUGCGUGCACAGCCACAGCCUACUUGACUGGCGUGAAAGCCAAUUAUGCCACAAUUGGCGUCACGGCAGCCGUAAAGCGCUACAACUGCACCAGCGCCCGAGACACCGCCACUCACGUCGAUUCACUGGCCGCGUGGGCCCAGAAAACGGGCAAGGGAACGGGUUUCGUCACCACAGCACGCGUGACUCACGCCUCUCCGGCCGGCGUGUAUGCGCACACGGCGAACCGCGACUGGGAAUCCGAUGCAGAUGUGGUGAAAUCUAAGGAGAAUCCCAAAAUGUGCCAAGACAUCGCCAGUCAGCUGAUCAACAGUGAUCCUGGGCGGAAGCUGAAGGUGAUCUUGGGCGGUGGACGCAACAAGUUGCUGCCCAAGGGAAUGGUUGAUGAGCAGGGCAGCAAAGGUGAGCGCAUCGAUGGGGUGAAUCUCAUCCACGAGUGGAUGGUGCAGAAGAAACGCCGCCCAUCGGCUUACGUCUCCGACCGGAAGGGUCUCAUGGGUGUGGACACGAACUCCACGGAGUACUUGCUGGGACUGUUCGCGCCCGAUCACAUGGAUUACAAUCUCGAGGCGCAGCACGAGGAGCAGCCGUCGCUGGCGGAAAUGACGGUGGCGGCAAUUGAGAUGCUGUCCAAGGAGAAGCGUGGCUACUUCCUCUUCGUCGAGGGCGCUCGCAUUGACAUGGCUCACCAUAAGGCCAAGGCGCACCUCGCCCUGGACGAGACAGUUCAGUUUGCCGAAGCUGUUCGCAUGGCCACGGAACUCACGAACGCCCGCGACACACUCAUUGUCGUCACGUCUGAUCACAGCCACACGAUGACCAUCUCUGGCUAUGCAGAGCGCGGAAACAACAUCCUGGACUUCAACUCUCAGCGCAGCAAUGUGGACAAUCUGCCCUACACUACUCUCAUGUACGCCAACGGACCAGGCGCCAUGCCGCGCGCCAACUUCACCGACGCCCAGAGACUCUCGCAGAUGAAUCCGACCGUCAAUGACUUCGUCUAUCCCGCACAUGUGCCGCUGAAGGACGAAACGCACGGCGGAGACGACGUGGCCGUGUUCGCAAACGGUCCAUGGGCGCAUCUCUUCGUGGGCAUGUACGAGCAGAAUCUCAUCCCGCACGCCAUUGGCUAUGCAUCCUGCAUAGGAGAAGGCCUGACCGCCUGCCGAAGACCCCUGGCCACUUACAGCACCUACAGGCGGAAGCACUGACAGAACCCAGCCCAGAAACCCACUCAAAGUUCCCUCAAGAGAGUGAAGAUUGCAGAUUUUCCUGUACAUCGAGUCACUGAAGUAGUCAUAGAUUAGGAUUAAAAUGUUUAACUUAUUUCAUAGAGAAGGUAGAGAAAAUGUUGUUAAAUAGAAU